GUGGCAGCUUAUUCCAGAUGAAUGAUAGUGACUGACUUUGUCCGUUGAAUAUCAGUCCCUCUUACUUUGCUCCAAAUGUGUCUGAGGCCCAUGCAUUGCUUUCGAAGAAAUUGUCGGUGAACAAAUGGAUGGGUACACAUCGUACAGAUUUUAUUGCUUGUUGCAGUGAAACAUUGGCAGCGGAAUCGGAAAAAUUCUCAAAGAAUGAGACCUUUGGCUGGUUCCACUUCCAACAAGAUUUCGAUAAAUCAAAAGUUAUCGAUGAAAUUAUUGUUACGGUUGACGUUGCUUGUUAUGAAGUUUCACAAUAUGAUCCAACGGGAGAAAAGCCAGGUUCGCCCAUCAAUGAAUACACACAAGAUGUAAUUGAUAAACUUCAAUGGACCAAAGCAAAGGCAAAAGAAGAUGCAAAAACAUUGCGGGAAGCAUUCGCCAAUCAAUCUUCUUCAAAUUCAACCUCUACACCAGAGAAGAAUACAACAGGCUCUGGUGCACAAAAGUCGCAAGGUGACAACUCCGAAAAGGGGGAUAAUACGAGCACAGAGAAGAAGACAGCCGAAACAACAUCUCAAACAUCCAAUGACGACAGCAACGAGGGAAAGACAAACAACGAAAGCGGUGAAGACAACACUGCAAAUGACGAGGCCAGUUUGAACGAGUCUUCCACCACAGAUGACAGCUCAAAGGGUGCAAACGAUUCUCAACAGUCCACAGAAGACAAGGGCAGUAGCUAAGAGUGGACGAAUGCAUGUCAUAUUACGUACA